ACCGGAAACACGUAAGAGUGACGUAGUCAGUCUAGAAACCAAAACAAACUUGCGUCACCGUUGUUGUUUGUCUCCGUUGUUGUUUGUAAUAUUUGGACUCUUCGUCCUCUGAUGGUUGUCCCCGGCUGCUGCUGAACUGGUUUGUUCCCGGAGGAUAGCAGCCAUGGCUCAGCAGAGAGGAGUGAACAGCCUGCAGUUUAACCAGGACCAGAGCUGCUUCUGCUGUGCGAUGGAGACCGGUGUCCGGAUCUACAAUGUGGAGCCGCUGAUGGAGAAAGGUCACCUGGACCACGAGCAGGUGGGCAGCGUGGCGCUCUGCUCCAUGCUGCACCGCUCCAACCUGCUGGCCGUCGUUGGAGGCGGAGUCAACCCCAGGUUCUCUGAGAUUUCAGUUCUGAUCUGGGACGACGCUCGGGACUCCCGGGAGCCCAAGGACAAGCUGGUGCUGGAGUUCACCUUCACCAAACCCGUUCUGGCCGUUCGCAUGAGGCACGACAAGAUCAUCAUCGUCCUGAAGAACCGGAUCUACGUUUACACGUUUCCAGACAACCCAGUCAAGCUGUUCGAGUUCGACACCAGAGAUAACCCUAAAGGCCUGUGUGACCUGUGUCCCAGUCUGGAGAAGCAGCUGCUGGUCUUCCCGGGUCACAAAUGCGGCAGCCUGCAGCUGGUUGACCUGUCCAACACCAAACCCGGCACGUCCUCCGCCCCCUUCACCAUCAACGCCCACCAGAGCGAGAUCGCCUGCGUGGCGCUCAACCAGACGGGCAGCGUGGCGGCCUCGGCGUCUCGCAAAGGAACGCUCAUCCGGCUCUUCGACACCAACACCAGAGACAAGCUGGUGGAGCUGCGCAGAGGGACCGACCCCGCCACCCUCUAUUGCAUCAACUUCAGCCACGACUCGUCCUUCCUGUGCGCCUCCAGCGACAAAGGAACCGUCCACAUCUUCGCCCUGAAGGACACCAAGCUGAACCGCCGCUCUGCGCUGGCGCGGGUCGGGAAGGUGGGGCCCGUGAUCGGUCAGUACGUGGACAGCCAGUGGUCGCUCGCCAGCUUCACGGUGCCCGCCGAGUGCGCCUGCAUCUGCGCCUUCGGGAAGAACACGUCCAAGAGCGUCAACUCCGUCAUCGCCAUCUGUGUGGACGGGACCUUCCACAAGUACGUCUUCACGCCGGACGGGAACUGCAACCGCGAAGCCUUCGACGUGUACCUGGACAUCUGUGACGAUGACGACUUCUGAGGGAGGGGGGCAGGAUCCUCUGAUCAGCUGUUUGUGUUUGUUUAUCAUGAAACUGGACAAUUUAUGAGCAGAAACAUUAAACUGAUUUUAUAAACUAUCA